CCAUCCAGCAGCAGAAGAAGGGGGACGGGAGACGGAGAGAGGAAGGAGGAAAAGGCAGGAGGCCCAGGAAGGGACGUUUAGACCCGUCUAAAUCCGCCUGACUGAGAGGACGACGACGCAGAAACGCUGCUAGAAGAAAAAGAAAAAAAAAAAAAAAACACCAAAUAACUUCAACCUUUUCCUGAAAAAGACAUCGUUUUUUUUUCUUCCCACGUCAUCUCGCGAGAAAAACCCAUCGAUUUUUCAGCAGCAAUGGCUCAAGAGACGAACCAGAGCCCGGUCCCCAUGCUUUGUGCCACAGGCUGUGGUUUCUACGGCAACCCACGAACCAAUGGCAUGUGCUCUGUUUGCUACAAGGAACACCUGACGCGACAGCAGAGCAGCGACCGCAUGAGCCCAAUGGGCUCCACUGCUAGUCCCAUCUCAGAGGCGUCAGCCAUCCAGAGACUAGAAGCCAGUCUAGCUAAGGUUGACGCCUCCCCUGCCUCCUCACCAGACAUGUCUAGCAGGACUGUUCAAGGAUCUCUUCCUGUAACCCAACAGAUGACAGAGAUGAGCAUCUCCAGGGAGGAUAAGUCCGAACUCCUAGAGCCUGUUGUAAGCCAGCCUGCUGCUUCUAGUCCUUCUCCUGUAGCUGCUUCCAGCAAUGAGGAAGGCAAAGGUGAAUCGGCCAAACCCAAGAAGAACCGGUGCUUCAUGUGCCGCAAAAGGGUUGGCCUUACAGGGUUUGAUUGUCGCUGCGGUAACCUGUUCUGCGGCAUCCAUCGAUACUCUGACAAGCACAACUGUCCCUAUGAUUACAAGGCCGAGGCUGCCGCCAAGAUCCGUAAAGAAAAUCCCGUGGUUGUGGCUGACAAGAUCCAGAGAAUAUAGGUUAAAAAACAAACAAAAAAACGAAAACAGUGUUGGAAAUGAGGAAAAAACAACGUUGAGAAAGACUGGAGGAUGAAUGAGAAACUUUGACAUGAGCGUGAAUGGUUAAAUCGAAAGGACUUGAUUUGCAAAAUGAUGAAAAAAGAAAAAAAAUCGAAAGACCCUGCCUGAGGGAGAUGCAUGAAUGAUCAUUUUUUUUUCUUUACAUUUUUGAUUAAUUCAUUAGAUUGUUUUAAUCCUUUUUUUUUUCUGUGGUGUGAAUUUGCCGCUAUUUUUUUUUUUUAUAUGUGUUUUAAUAAGAGCAGAUUAGGCACGAUGUUCAGGAUAUGCUGUGCUCCUCUCACCAGUUCCAGGUUGCAUUUUUGUGCCAAACAGCUAUUUUUACUAAACCCUUGAAUCAUCUGCACGCCUUGUCCUUCAAUCCUAAGAAAACUUCAGCGUCACCUUUCUCAAACCGGAGGAUUAUGUUUGUUUUUUACCUUCUCUCCUAGCUUUACCUACCUCAGAGCUGCUUUGUUGUCUUCCCUGUAUCUCAUCAUCACAUUGACCCUCCAGCCCGCCUGGGUUGACUUUUAUAGCUUGGUUGCUUUUCCAUUACACCCACAGAAAAUACUUUUUUUUUUUUUUCACCAAAUCUGAACAACGAACGUGACGUUAUAAGGACGAGUCCCGUCUCUGUGAUGGAUGGCCUGGUGCAGAGUGGCGAGCGCUAACGAGUGGCCGGACACUGCCAGCCGUUCCUGAUGAGCUGCAAUGUUUUUAAGGGGAAUAAAUGAGUGAAAUAAAUGCACGAACUGCUCUUCAUCUGCGUUAGUGUUUCAGAAGUAUCACUCGCCUUAGGGUUUUUGGGGCGUUUUUUUUAAAUUAGCAGAGACAAUUAUCUGUUUUUUUGGGGGGGGGGUUGUUUCUACAUACUGCCGUUGGCGCAUGGAUUCGGUGCAUUUGUGGAUUUUAUCUUUUUGGGGUUUUUAUGCGCUAACAGAACAGUCAUGUGAGCACAGUGUGUGUGUGUGUGUUAGUAUGUGGGGGUGCCCCCCGUCCACCCCACCCUUUCCCCACUGUCCUUUUUUAGCUGUGGAUCUACCCGGUUAAUCAGCACAUGUUUACAGAAGUACAGGAGCAUGCCAGAGCUAGAUUUAUAAAAAAAAAAAAAAACAUAGAAACUGAGAUUAGAUGUAACUUCUCAUCUGUCAAGCGAUUUAUACAUCUAUAGAGCGCCUGUGUGCAUUUGUGUGUGUGUGCAUGUGCACAUCCCAGUGCAAAAACCAACAAAGAAGUGCGUUUUCAUGACUGCCUGACACAUGUAUGUUUGUGACUUUAUUUCCCCCCCCCCCGUGAGGAUGUUUUUCAUUGAAAUAACCGCCUGAGUUUCUUUUUUUUUUUUUUUUUGACUUAGUUAUAUGCAAAUUUGUACAAAAAAGUGGAAAAAAAAAACAACAAACUGUGUUGAUAUUUAUGUAUUGCAUAUAAUCUUGCUAUCUAGCAUUACAACAGAAUAGUAUCAUGUAAAUAAAACUGUACAGAGAGACAUAA